AUGUCCAGGUAUCAGGUUAAUUGCUUGAGGUAUAGACACUUUCUUAGGACUUCUAAUAUUUCGCAAAUCCCUGACUUUACGAAAUACUGUAUUGGACCCGUAAAUGAGGAUUUAGCUCCUUAUAUUAUGGAGACCAUGAAGGCAUAUCCUUCAAACUCCAAUUAUAUCAAUCCACAACAUUACUACCAUAAUAGGACGGUCCUUGUGGAAAACUACUUAAAGCGACACCCAAAUCCGGUGUCAUUGACCCAAUUAGCGCAAUACUAUGACGAUUCUACCAAGUUGACCAGAACUAAGAUCAUCAAUUCUGGGAAGUUUGUUAAAGAGGAACUUGUUAUCAGAAUUGCUCACAAGCUGAAUCAGUUACAGCAAUUGCCAUUCAAUGUCGUAAACAACUUCCAUUUCGUUCAAGUUUACGAGUCAUAUUAUAAUAUAUUUGAAAGUUUUAGAAAAUACCCCGCAAUAAGAACUUUAGAUGAUGCGUCUCAAUUUGCUAACUUUAUCAAGAAUAUGUUAGAGGGCUUUAACACCCUAAACCUGCCGCAUUUAAUUAUGGGGGCGCUGGAAUGUACAAUUUUAGAUCUGUAUCCUCGUGAGAAAAUGGACCAAUUACUAUCCGAUUUGCUAAGGGCCCGAAUAUCAAGAAGACUGAUUGUAGAAGAACACGUCAGUAUCACAGCUAACUACACUAGUGGCAAAAAAGAGAAUACCCUGGUAUUGGGUGAUAUCUUUCAAGAAUGUAGCGCUAAGAAGUACUUAUUAGAAGCCAGUGAAGAAUCUCAAAAAUUCAUUCAAGAUAUGUAUUUUAAAGACAUUCCCAUGCCUGAAUUUGUCAUUGAAGGCGACACUGAUUUGAGCUUUUACUUUUUGCCCACACAUCUAAAGUAUUUGCUAGGGGAAAUAUUGAGAAAUACUUACGAAGCAACUAUGAAGCAUUAUAUUCGUAAGGGACUGGACAAACCAGAACCGAUUAUAGUCACUAUAGUAAGUAAUGACGAAUCCUAUUUAUUCAGGAUCUCGGAUAAAGCUGGUGGUAUACUGCAUGAUGAUGAAAAUCUAUGGUCGUUUGGCAAGUCUAAAGAAAGAGCUCAAGAAUCUUUGAACAAUUUUCACAAAUUGCCUGGCUUGCAAACAGUAUCCAUUUAUGAUCGAGUCCAUUCUAGUGCUAAAUGUAAGUCGAAUCUUGAGGCAUCGCCGUCAGUGACAUUAAGGCCAUACAUGCAUACGUCGUUAGAACCAAUGAGUUAUCCUAGUAUCAUCAAUGGACACAUAAAAUAUGAAACCCCUUUAAUUGAACUAUUGAAACGAUCUUUCAGAUACAAGCUGGGAAUUGGUUUGGCUAUGUGUAGAGUGUAUGCCGAGUAUUGGAACGGUGACCUGUCCUUGCAUUCGAUGCCUGGAUAUGGGACCGAUGCAGUUUUGAAGCUGGGGAACUUAAUGAAACACACAAAGAAACUACAACUAGAUAAAGUAUAG